AUGCUCUCCUCCAUCCCCGUCCUCCUCCCGCUCGCGGCCCUCGCGCCGCUGGCCUCAGCCCACAUCGCCAUGUGGACUCCCUCCAUGUACGGCUUCAACCCCUUCGACCAGUGGUGGUUCGUGAGUACCCAGUUCAUCCCCCUCGUCGACACGUCGUCGAGUUUUACUGAUGCGUUCCCACAGCAUGGCUUCCUUGACUACCCACCCAACGCCGGCGAUGUUUUCGAGCUGCCUGCUGGCGGCUCUAUCAACGCCGAGCUGACCUGCGACAAGGGCGCGUCUUCGUCCUACGCCUCCUCCGAGGGAGGUAACGCAGGAUUCCCCACCAACUGGCCGUGCCCCGGCCAGGACUCAUCGCAGUUCCACACAACCGGCAUCGACGACACCAAGGGCUGUGCCAUCGCUAUUGCAGACAAGACUGACGGGAAGGACGUGCAACCGAACGACUUCACCAUCAUCAGCGUCAACCAGACUUGCGUGUGGUAUGCCAACACGGAGUUCCAGAUCCCUGCCCAGAUGCCGGCGUGCUCUGGCCCGAACUGCGUCUGUGCGUGGUUCUGGAUUCACUCUGAUGACAGCGGUUCGGAGCAGCGUGCGGUGACGACCCAGCACGGGUCUGUUGCGAACCCGGGCAACUGCACGAUCGGUCCCAAGUACCCCAUGUACUGGAUGCAGGCCGAAGGCAACAACGUGCGUCCUCCCUCCGAUCCUCGCGACAUCUCCUUUCUGGACAUUACAAUGCUAACUGGCCGUGUGCAGAUGUUCGAAGGCUACUAUGACGUGCCGGUCUACGGCGACAAGAUGGGCUUCCACGACGGCGCGCAGAACGACAUCUUCCAGGACGCGUACGUCUCCUCGCUCGGGCCCGGCAGCGCGCCGACGUCCUCCGCGAACGCGCGCCGCGACGUGCCCGUCGCACAGGCGACGCCGGCGCCCGAGGCGCGCGGGAUGCUCAAGAGGCACAAGCGCAUGCUGGACCUCGCCGGGCACGGCUCGCUCUGA